CAGCAGCCUAAAGUGGAACCAUUUGAUUCGCGAGUGGGUGAAGUUGGACGAGAUGGUCACGGUGUUUCAGCAUCUGACGCGGCUGAGUCUCUUCACGACGAAUCAAAUUCCAUACGGCCCAGAGGAUGGGUCCGCGCCGUCCCGAAAAGGAGCAACAAGUGAACAAGCCACAAAAACGUCGUUUAUCAACACGCCGUCGAUCCUGCUGCUUUUCAACCAGCGCCUGUUUCCGAUUAUCAUGAAAAAGAUCGAGGAUCAAGUGAAAUUGGACCAGAUCUACGACCAGUCUUUGGACGAAGCGCAAGCUGUUGCGAAGUUGUCACCGACGCCACUUUCUUCGAUGCAAGAGGCAGGAACUGGUGCUUCACGUGACCAGGUCGUGGCAGCGACAUUGCAGCAAGGAACCGCGGACAGUAGCGGCAGCAGCACGACUCGGGUGACAUCUUCCCAGCAUACUGACUGUUCGUCACCUGCUAGUACCAGCUCUUGCACUACUGCAUCGCGUGAUCCGCUGUUGGCGAGCAAGCCAAAAAAGUCAACUCUGUAUCAGCAUUUGCCGAAAGACACCAAAACGGUGAAAAAGCUGCUUCAAACGCUUGUGACGUUCCUCUCGGAGACCCGGCGUUCCCUUGUGAGCCGGAUUAUGCAAUUUGAAAAUGACAUCCUCACGUCGAAGCAGGCCGGCAUGGAUCAGGGCGCGCGGCUCUUGCAGCACGAACUGGAUAAGCUGACGGGCUACGAAGAGAGUCUGAACCGGCUCACGCACCAUUCGUUUGCCUACGCAACCAACGUGUUGCAUUUGAAGCUGAAACGGUUCAAAAACCGGCGGGCAGAACUGGCUAAAGAAAGCAGUGAGCAGGCACCUCUAUUGGACCACGCAGACACCAUCUGGCAAGACACAACAGUGCCGAUCGUGGAGAUCUUGACGCACGCGGUCCUCCUCGACGAGGAGAGCGCAAGUUUGCGGAUUUCUGCUGCACCCGGGACGGAAGAGCGGGACCAGGCACUCCAAAAACUGGAAGCGAAAACGAACGAGCGCUUCGGUUGGUUGCUAACGACCAAGCAACCCUUUCACUACCAAGAGGGGGCGAAAGAGAACCUGGAGCUGAAAUCACUCUACGAGUCUAUCCAAGUCCAGGGGUUGGUUUUGAAGGAUAGCGACGAUGGUGGACGACCCAGUACAACUGCAACACCCUCGGGUGCGAACGCAGGCUUUCCGCUGAAGGACUUCUUGUUCGAACUGAUCAGAUCACUACUGGAGCCGUUUGUAGCGCCCUCGUCCAGAUCUUCGAAAGCAACUACCACUGCAGCUGCUGCGGACGGAAGACAAGCUGCACAAGACCCAACAUUGCUGCACCUGCAGCGUCACGGUGCAACAGCUUUGCUGUCGAUGGGACACCAAGACAAGAGUGCGCAGAACCUCAACGCGCUUAAAAAUGUGUCGGAGGAGGAGCAAGAACUCGCGGAUCACCUGAGCCGCAACCUGCCUCUGCAUGACCGCUACGACCGCCAGAUUUCGAUUGAGAGCACCCGGUCAGGAGCGAGCAAUAUGACCUUCACCACCAUUGCAGCCGGGUCGGUUGUUGGCAGCGGUACCUCUGGAGAUGCUGGUGCGGCGGGACGUACUAGUACCGCAAAUGUUGAUUUUUUCGAUGUUGGCAGUUUCAUUCCAGAUGAUUAUGAUCCCAAAACCGGAGCGCCGCUGUCUUUCGCUUUUGCGAAUGCGGAUCCAGAGCAGAGCCCGCAUUUUCAGAAGAUGCUCGAUCAGCGGCAAAUCAGCCUGGAAUUCCUCACCCCCUUGUUAUACAUGCUCUCAAAAACCGUCCGCAGUGUAGUUAUCCUGCAGCCGCAACAGAAGAUUCCGUCUUCUUCCCCCGCCGAAGGAGCUCGCGCAAAUACGGAUCCUAUCGCCUCGCAGGCACAGCUGAUUACGAAGCAGGAUAGAAGCGUGCUGCGAAAAUUCCUGCACCUGGUCGUGACCGCGGUGCUGGUGCAAGCAGAUACGGACGUGGAUGUCGCCCAUCGGGAUCAGCAAUCCCGUCCUGUGCAGCCGCGCCUGCCGAAGAGGAAAAUCGUUUCUCUUCUUGCGGCAUUGGUGGAGUUGGAAAAUCUCGUGCCGGAAGUUACUCCCUACCCGUUGCUGCUGCAGAAGAAGCUCACGAAACUCGUGUACAAUUCCGUCCAGGUAGACGAGUAUUGGAGCGAGCAAGAUCGGAACAUGUGGUGCCAGAUGGUCCUAGUGCCCGCGAUCAUGGACAGCUGUAACUCCGGACGCACAACUUGCCCGGGCGAGUGUCUUGCGCGAGAGAAGGAGCAGCGGAACUGCGCGCGGAGAGAAGCGAGAGUGGCGCUGAAAGCGGAAGAGCGGCGUGGAAGCAAAGGGCAGAACAGUGAAGACGUGGCUCUUGAGGCAGCAAGUUCGGAACAGAACGUGCAACACCAGCUGCCGAACAAAACAGUCUGCGAGCCACGAGCGGGGUUGAAGUCCUUUUGCCAAGCGGCUUGCCUGCGUGGCGUUUUUCCGAAUAACAACCCCUUCCGGCUCCAGUACCGCGACAUGCAGUCUGCGAGGGAUGAAGCGAGCUUGCACCAGAAGGCACAACAUCAAGUUGCGACAGGGAAGACCACCGCAGCUGCGGUAGUAGAACAGCAAGCAGGGCCGUCCGUACAGCAGCAGAACCAGAUGGCAGAACUAAAUCACGGUCAGAGUUAUCAUGGAGGCGAUCAUGGACAAGAAUUUGUUGACACCUCGUCCCAGUCGCAAACACUAAUGCAAGCAUAUAAUCCACAGGUUGGUUUUGGUCGCACUGUUGUGUCUGCACAGAUGCUCCGUGCGUUCAAGAAACAAGACAGAGAUGAGCGAAACAGGCGUAUGCGAUUGGCGCAGGGCGUGGUGCAGAGAACACCCGGUGGACAAUUACAAUCAACCUACCCGAAAAAUGAAGGACCAGCACCCGCAGGAGCGAGUCCAACAUCCACGGUCAACAACACAGAGCGGAUUGCGCAAGCGGCUCGGGACCUCCUGAACGCGGACUACGAAAAGGAACCGCGGCUGACGUUUUUGCCCCUGAAACAGCUUCCGGACAAAACCAAGGAGCAGGGAUGGGAAAAGGCCUUGCAGGACUAUAGCCCCGACGACGACGCUGCCGGAGGGAAGUGGGUAGACGGCCUGAUCGACGCGGUAGAGGCUUCUCGGGAGAAAGAACAAAGGGGCCGAAACAAGAAAUCUAGCACAAAGUUGUUGCAGCCCGCUGAUCAUGGGCGAAGCUACCGACACGCACACUCAGGAGGAAAUCACGUCGAUGAUCCCUCUAGUCCGUCCGCAAAAACCGCUUCUCCUGCCCGAAAUAGCACAAGCAGGAGCUCUCCUGGAGUUGUUGGCGUACAACAACCUCCUGGAGGCGGCAUUAAGUCGAACCCUUGGUCGUUCGCGUCCACUACCAGCACGCAGGAGCCUGCUGCCACUACAUACUCGAGUUACGCAAGUAAAGACUCGACGGCUGGAGUUCUUCUCGGCGACUUUUCUAUCGGCUCGGAAAGUCGGGUUCCCACGGGAUCGCCGGUGGAUCGGCAACGCCAGCACGUUUCAAUCCCCAGUUCCUCUGGUGCAGCAGGCCCGAGAGGACUUGUUCGCCAGAAGAUACCACACUCACAGUCUUUCGGUUCUAUUGAACAGGGAAAUUCUUCCUCCCAGGGCUUUGUAAGUGUGGGCGAGCAGGAGGAAGAUGCGUUUUCCUGCAGAAGUCCGGCUCCGGAAUGCUGGCAGUCCGUGGUGUCAUCCGCGUCCUCCUCCACUGCGAUAAACGCGAAGGAGGUAUUAACAGGUGCCCGAGGAUCUUCCUCUGCGCCAUCGGAGCGUGCCCAAAAUUUCAAUAUGACAGGACGAGAGCCAGAACAACUAGGGGAGCCGCGACCACCUUCCCCUGCGUGUUCCUCUAAUGCUUGCUACGAGCAUGUUGCCGAACAAUUUGAGGACGACUACCUCGCGGGCUGGGAGGCGCACGCGCAUUUACUCGCAAAGCAGGCGGCGGAGCAAGAGGCAAGAAGGGAAAGAGAAGAAGAAGCUGUAGUGGCGGAGCGCAUGGCAGCUGGAAGUAAAGAUCAGCGCAGUCGUCGUGCAUCUGGCAGUGCACCAGAUAUGAUGUUGUCUGACGACCAGCAGUCUAGGAAAGGCGCGAAAGACCGUCAUCUACACAGCAGACGCGGCACUCGCGGUGCUCGGAAGCUGCAGGGCUUCGAUCGUCAGCGAUCGGACGAAUCUGCUGCUGCUGGUCAAGAGGAGCCACACGGUAACACGCAUGUUGCCCCGGCGUGGAAAGCUUAUGGUGCUGUCCGUCCGGCGCCAAAAGCGAAAGCGAUGAAAUCAAGGGAACAGCAGGCCUGGCAUGAUACCGAAAAUAAUAAAGCAAGUACUCGAGAGAAGGACAACGUUCCCCGUUCGGGAUCUUCAAGUAGCGGGAUGAAAACGAGAACGGAUUCUCCUAUUUUCCGCAACGCGGACGAAUUCAAUGCAAGACUGAUGAAGUACAAGCGUACUCCAGUCCUUGCGCAUCAAGAAGCCACUGUUGUUAAAAAAAGUGAAGACAGUGCUCCCGCCGUCUUCACAGCGGGUCAUGACCCAGCAUCGGACGAAAGAAUGUUGGACCGGGAAUCUUUUCCAGCUGUUGAAGAGAACAGUAGCGCGCGGCGCUUUCCAAUCGGACAGGAGCCCUGGAACCGGAACCAGCGGAGCUCUGAAGCGGAGGAGCAGGAGCGGAGUGGAACUACUCAAGAACACCCCCAGAAGAUGAAGAUGAAGCCAUCUUCUCUCCAGUUCGGGCGGGGUGAGCUGCAGCGCCCCGCGCCUCCGAGGCUUGACGAAAAGAACUUUGGCACACCGGUCGCAGGAGGAGCCUCGUCAUCUAGUACUUCUCGGCGAAAAAGGAGGCUUCAACUUGAAGAUUCUGCAGUGAGCAACGAUCUAACGCCGGCGACUCACUCCCGCUUCGAAACUCCGAAGUCAACGGCAAGUUCGUCGGGAGGAGGAGCUGCAGCAACUGCAUCCGGCACGACAGCGGGCGCGGCAACUACAACUCCGUUCUACCUCAGAUCCUCGUCUUUUGGAACCCCCUCGAGUGCGGCGGGGGCCACGCCUUCCAGCACCAAAAGGGAAUUUCGGAUGGAAAGUUGGGCCGACAUUCAGGAAGGCGAUGAUCCGGAUGAUGACUUGUGGCCGGGGACAAUGGAAGCGCCAUCAAUGCCCGCGCCAUAAUGCUGUUGCCAGUUUUGGAUGCAAUAGAAAUAAGUACUAUAACACAUAGGACAGUUUUUGAAAAAUUAGCAUGCAACACGGAAAGAAAAGGACAGCUUCGGAAAGUAAGUACAUAAAAAUUGGAAAAUAGGCCUGGGCUCCUGCUAUAAUUAGUUUCUCUCGUUGCGUUGUUGAGAUUGAGAAUAUAGCGGCACCUGGCUGCAUGAAGUUCACGCAGACGUGACCAAAAGGCGCGCAACGGUUCGCGACUGUCUCGACCGGAAUCUUUGGCGACAAAUAACCAAAGGGGUGCAGCAAGGCACCCAAAAAACAGCACAAAACGACAGCACUUCUUCCGCCGCGUCUUUCCAAAGCCAACAACUACCUACUCAAGCUAUAAUGAGACUCCAGGGACGUAGAAGAAUAGGAGUCGAUAAGGGACAAUCUAAGGCUUAGAGUCGAACAGAUUUAAAUCAUCAUAGCGGCACCUGCUGUGCUGCAGGCGCUGAAUCCACAUUGGUAUCACGACUGGUACUACAAGUAUGUUGUAUUCGACAACUUUCCUGCCUCACGUGCACUCUAGAGAAUAUCGCUCUGAUCGUCGUAUGGAUGUAAAAGCCCGAUCGUUUUGAACUUUGAUCUAGGUCUAGACCCUCUACGCGCCUGAAUGUCCAGAAGAGGCAACCGAAUAUACUUGACUAAAAAAGAAAGUAUACCUCUUUAAGUAGCAAGAGCAACUAUCAUCAAGCGUUACAAUGCAUCUCAAUUACAUGCAAGCAUUCUUGUCAAUACAGAUACUUUUUUUUCGUCACGCAAGCAAUUACGUUAGGACUAGUAUGGCUGGUACGAAGUGAAUCUCUGUCUUAAUGAUCUUCUUCCGUUCUACUCCUGCAAUAAACGAACCCUUAUCUUGUGCUCAAAUGUAGAAAAUCGCUGCUGCAAAAACAAUUGCCGCCAAAGCACAUUAAGUUUCCAUCCGCCAACAUGGAUCGAUUUACGAGAAUACUGUGCUUGUGUGAAUGUGGUCACAAUUGAGAUUAUUUCUUUUUUGUUGAAUUUUGUCAAAAGGACAGCGGUUGUAGCAUGCAUGCAAAAAGAUAACUAGUUGCUUGUCGG